AUUUAUCCGGAUCUAUAUGCUAAGAACACUUGGCAAGAAUUUUGUUUUGCAUUGUAAGGAACUUUACAUGAUGUGGAGCACCAUCCUACCAUUUUUGCUCUUGGUUAAAGCUACUUUGGGAGAAACAGAAUGUUCUCAGAAUCCUUUUGAAUUUUGCUCUCAUCCAAAGCUUUUUCACAUGAUUCCACAGACCGUUUCGAAAUACAACAAACUGUGCCCGGAUUUGCCGAAAUACAUCGAAUGUUUAAAACGAUUCCAAGUGACCUGUGAAGCUGUGGUAUUUUUUGAUUCAGAUGAAGAAUACGAAAAACUCCACGACUUUUAUUCAGAGCUUUGCGAGGAAGGAUCAUUACUCAACACGAUCAUAACUGAAAAUCUUAAGUGUUUGAACAAAACCUUCGAUUCUAGUCUCUGCUCUGACGAAACUCAGACUCUACUUCAUGAGUUCAAAUCUCGAGAUUCUCCAAACCGAGGAGAUCUUUUUAUGGAUUUCGAAUGCUUAAAAAGCGUCUAUGGCGCCGCCUGCAUGACAGCCAAUCUUUCGAAGAAAUGUGGGGCAAUCGUAAAAGAAGCAGCGUACGACGUGAUUCGCCGAUCCAACUUCCUGCAGUACAGUUGCCCCACACAACUCGGGAAACGGCUGCUGGAUGACCCAAGGACCACCGAAUUACAGACGAAAUAUCAAGACUUCUUCUACACCCUUUUAGGAGAAUUUUCUGACAAUGAUUCGGGCUCUGGAUAUUAGUAAAUUGGAAUCGAAAAUGAAAGUCAAAUUAAAAUUUGUUUAUUUGUCAAUGUUAA